AUGAAUAAUCUAUUAUGUUCCGUUCUUUUGGUCUCAGUAACAAUAUUGAUACUAAUAGAUGCCGAUUGUUUGAACUAUCCUAAUGUUACAAACGCAAAUGUUGAUAACGACUGUGGAAAUGUAGUCAUUACAUGUAGUACUGGCUUUAAGAUGGUUCAAGGACUGGAAUGUAUAGAUGAAGAAUGGAGAUAUCAAAAACCAGUAUGUAAACCUACAGAGUGCCCACAAGGUGUGAAUAUCACUAACUCUGAUGCUGUAACAGAAUCCAGAAUAUUUGAUCAAGUUUUGACUUUCAACUGUUCAAAUGGCAUAAAUGGUCUGACGGGAGCUCAGAGAUGUGGUGAAGAUGGUAAAUGGAUAGAAGAGCAAGCUUGUCCAGUGGUAUACCGGGGUAAAUAUGUUGGAAUUACUACCUUUACCACAGUUCCAUCAACCAACUGUACCGAAGCUUGUCUUAAAGUUACACAGUGUAGCUCUUCUUCAUCAGCCGGUUCAGGUCGAUGCAUUCUUUUUGAAGAACCCAUUAUCUACACCAAUAGGCCUAAAACUCUUUCCGAAUGCAUCCAGUUAUGUAAAAAUGACACCAAGUGUUUAACAUUAUCUCAUACAGUUGGUUCUUGCUAUUUAUUUAGUGUCGACUACACCACGAUAGAAACUAAAUUUGUAAUUAGAGAUAGUUCAAAUGGGGUCAUCGUUUCUGGCUUUUAA